AUGUUUAGAUACUCAACAUUUAUAUUAUCAACAAUAAUCCUAUUAAUUGGAUUAUCAUCAUCAUCAUUAUCAUAUGCUGAACAAUCUUCUCUACCAAUUAAAACAGCACCAUCUACAUUUACAGUUGAUUUUAAAACUACAAUUGGUACAUUUACAGCAGAUUUCCAUCGGGAUUGGGCACCAAUAGGAGUAGAUCAUCUAUACUCGCUGUUACAAGUAGGAUAUUAUAACAACAAUGCAUUCUAUGAUGUAAUCAAGACACCAUAUCCUUUGGUGGCUGGAUGGGGUAUCAAUGGAACACCUGCAGUUGCCAAAAAGUACAAUGUCUCCAUUCCAAACGAUCCCACCAAGCAAGAGAGCCAAAUCGGUACCAUUUCAUUCGAAGGUGUUAUUGGUAGUGAUGGAAAUGUUACCAGUCGCACUACAACCAUAUUUGUCAACCUCGCUUACAAUUGGUGGAUGGAUGGAGAAGGCUACGCACCAAUGGGUAUUGUAACCGAAGGAUUCCAAUCUGUAGUUCAACAAUUAUAUUCUUAUCCAUUCUCUAUCAACCCUGACAAUAUCUACAGUCAAGGCAACGCCUAUCUUCAAGAGAAAUAUCCAAAAAUAUGCAUAGAACAAAGAAAAGAAAAAAGAAUGACCAUCAUUGACGAGGAGUUGACGCCACAUGUACAUCAUCGUUGUAAAUCAUCGUCAUCUUCUGCUUCCUCUUCAUUAUUGACGAUACAACAUCAUCGUCAUCAUUUGAUUAGCAACAACAACAAGAGACAUUAUUCACAGCAAUGUUGUUCUGUACAACAUAAUCACAGUCAUGGUCAUAGUCAUAGUCAUGGUAAUAGUCAUGCUCAUGCUAACGGGCACAAUCAUAAUCAACAACCACAACAACAACAACAACAUGACAUUAAUAAUAUAAUCAAACAAACAAAUACUCAACAAUCUCAAAUUAACGCUACUACUACUACUACUAUGUCAUCACCUGCACCUUCACCUUCACCUACAUCUGCACCUGCUGCUGCACCUGCUGCUGCUACACCAAAUGUACCAGCAAAAGCAGCAUCAUUUAAACCAAGUUUCUAUCAAAGACCAUUACCAAGUCAUUUGAUUGCAUUUUCAUCGGAUGAAGGUAGAAAGAUAUUUAGAGAGGCUUUGGGAGAUGGUCAUAUGGAGGGAUACUUUUCAUUGUCUGAACAGUUUGUUUCACAGAGUGAUCCAGCUUAUUGUGGAUUGGCAACUUUGGCAAUGGUACUCAAUGCUCUAAAGAUUGACCCAAAGCGACUAUGGAAAGGACCAUGGAGAUGGUUUGCAGAGGAUAUGUUGGAUUGUUGCACACCGAUAGAAUCGGUCAAGAAACGUGGUAUUACAUUUACCGAAUUCACCUGUUUGUCACGUUGCAAUGGUGCCAAGAUCAAAUCAUUUAGAGGUGAUGAAACCGACCUCGAACAUUUCCGUCAAUCGAUUAUUGACUCUUGUUCAAUGAAAUCACCUCAACAUCUUGUCAUUUCAUACAAUCGAAAGGUACUUGGUCAAACUGGGUCCGGUCAUUACAGUCCUAUUGGUGGAUACCAUCAAGAUAGAGAUUUGGCUUUAGUAUUGGAUGUUGCAAGAUUUAAAUAUUCUCCACAUUGGGUACCUGUUCAAGUUUUAUGGGAAUCAAUGUUAUCAUUGGAUCCAGAAACUAAAAAACCAAGAGGUUAUUAUUUAAUGUCAACUGAUCCUACUUAUCAACCAUCAUUUUGUAGAGUAAAGAAUACAUUGUCAUGGGCUGGUAUUGCUGAUACAUUUUUAAAUAAUGUCCCCUCUAUUUUAGGUAGUAUGAAUGAACCUUCAGUUGAAACUGUUAUUAAAACAAUAUUUAAACAAUUACCACAAGAAACAGCAUAUGUAUUAUGUGCAUAUUCACAUGAAUUAUAUAAUAGAUUGAGUGAAACUGUUGGAUCUAAAUUAUCUUGGAAAACAUUCUUUCAAGAGUUGUCACAUACCAACAUUUAUAGAAAAUUAAACGAUAUGGCCAAGUCGGGAGAUAUCGAGUGGUCAAUCACUCAUCAUCACGACAAUUCGAGUGCUGUCAAACAAAAUGAAAUAUGUAAUGACUAUCCUGUUGGAUUGGCUACAAUCAUGUUCCUCUCAUUACCAGCACAAAUGUACAGCACUCUUCCACUCGUUGUUCGAGACCAACUUUCACUACUUCGAUCAAUCGAUGAAUUAAAUGUCGAAGUUAUCAAUGAAAUCAUGAAAAUUAGAGAGGAAAUGUUUCAAGUUACUUUAAAUCCAUGUGCUUGUAAAGGAAAUGGAAUGAAUAACAAUUCAAUGUUAAAUGCAGCAACUUGUAAUAAUAAUAAUAAUAAUAAUAAUAUUAAUAAACCAAUUUAA